CAUUUGAAUGCAAUUUUUCGGCGCCAACACAGCUAGUUGCCACCUGAGGCGCUGCGAGCGGUGAUUUCCUUCAGUCGAUCUGUCAAAUUGGUGGAUUUUUUGCCUUGUUGUGUUUGUUUUUGUGUCUCACGAGGUGAAAUAUUGCAAAAUCCAGUGGGUGUGAUUGUUUCUUCAUGAUUCCUCCAACGCACUAGAGCCUCUUGUUUCCGCAAAAGUACAUGGAGCUGCCAUUAGUGGUGUGCUGUGUGUCGCAGAAGGAAUAACUGUGCUCGCAACACGCGUACUUGCGUUACAGGUGCUUCGCGGCAGCGCUUCAGAGUCAACUGCGAUCGUCCGGAGAGAGAUCAGGGAAGAACAUGAGCUCACCCGCAGUCACGAGACGCGCCGCGCAGAAGGCGAAGAUUCAGACGCGAGCGAUGGCGAGCGGCCGAAGACCGCAGAGUUCAGCGCUGCUGGAGGCAAAGAAGCGCGCCAGACAGAAGAUCUCCAGUGGCGAGAAGAGGUCGAGCGACGUGCAGACACUCAGGGAUCCCUAUCAAACUGCCAUGGAGGCGACGAAGAUGAUUCGCGGCGCGACAGGAUUGGUUUACGAUCGCCAAAUGGCGCAACAUCUCUGCCUCUGGGACGAAAACUACCCAGAAUGCCCGGCGAGACUCACGCGCGUCCUGGACAGGUGCCAAGAGCUGAAACUCCUGGACAGAUGCCAGACAAUCGAGCCCAAAGUGGCGACGAAGGAGCAAAUCCUCCUGAAACACACCGACGAACACUUCGAGACGCUGAAGAGGACCAGUGGUGUGCGUGAUGAACAAUCUCUUGAGGAUUUAAGCUCUCGCUUCGAUGCGAUUUACAUUCAUCCGACGACGUUCGAGCUGUCGCUGCUGAGCGUGGGCAGCACGGUGGCGCUGGUGGACGCCGUGGCACAGGGCAGAGUGCAGAACGGCAUGGCGAUCAUCCGGCCGCCCGGACAUCAUGCAAUGAAGGCGGAGUUCAACGGCUACUGCUUCUUCAACAACGUGGCAAUCGCGGCCGCCGAAGUGCUGGCGAGCGGCGCCGCCGAGCGCGUGCUGAUCGUCGACUGGGACAUCCAUCAUGGCCAGGGCACGCAGCGCAUGUUCUACGACGAUCCGCGCGUGCUCUACUUCUCCGUCCAUCGCUUCGAGCACGGCCAGUUCUGGCCGAAUCUGCGCGAGUCGGACUUUGACUGCGUGGGCGCCGGCGCCGGCAGAGGAUUCAACGUGAAUCUGCCGCUCAACCAGACCGGCAUGACGGACGCCGACUACCUGGCCAUCUUCCAGCAAAUCCUGCUGCCCAUGGCGAUUGAGUUUGCACCCAAUUUGGUAAUAGUCUCAGCGGGCUUUGACUCCGCUUUGGGUGACGAAAAGGGCGAAAUGGAGAUCACGCCGGCUGGCUAUGCGCAUCUCCUGUCGCCGCUGAUGUCUCUGGCGGCGGGCAAAGUGGCGGUGAUUCUGGAGGGCGGCUAUUGUUUGCGUUCUCUGGCCGAAGGAGCGGCGCUCACGCUCAAGACACUCCUCGGUGAUCCGUGUCCGAACCUCCAGCCGCUGACAGCGCCGUGUGAGAGUGUCCAGGAGAGCAUUCUCAACUGUAUUUCCGUGCACAGGCCAUUCUGGAGGUGUUUUCAGGUGCACCGGACGUACGGAUUGGAGGAGGUGAACAAUAUUAAUCCGCCCAGGGAGCUUCAUCAGGUGGUGUCGGUGUUUAAGGGCAGCACAGAGCGUCCUGAGCGCUUCGAGACGCGCAAUUGCUAUCCUGUGCAGAGUGAGGAGAGUCUGAGGAAGAUCGAUGAGCGUUUGCAGCGUCUGGAGAUGUCGACGAGGUUAACAGUGGCGCCGAAGAGAGUGUGUUUGGCGUAUGACAACGCCAUGACGCAGCACAGGAAUGACUUUGAGGAGCAUCCGGAGUGUCCGGAGAGGAUCACGAAGAUCUGGGAGCGCUUUCAGGAGUUCGGCACGGCCGACAGGAUGCACAGAGUGACGACCAGGCGUGCAACUGAGGAGGAUUUGUGUCUCGUGCACGCGCCGGAGCAUGUGAAGUUGAUGCAAGAAGCUGUUCAGCGGCGGGAUUUGGAGGCUUUUGGCGACAGAUACAAUUCCGUGUACUUCCACAGCUCCACAUGGGAGUGCGCCACUGUGGCGGCCGGAUGUGUGCUCCAGACGGUGGAUGAGGUGUUGAAUGGGAAUUGCCAGAGUGGCAUUUGUGUCGUGCGACCGCCUGGACAUCAUGCGGAAUCUGAUCUGCCGCAUGGCUUCUGUAUCUUCAACAAUGUCGCCGUGGCGGCAGAAUAUGCUGUCCGGAAUCACGGCUUGCGACGCGUCCUGAUUGUCGAUUGGGAUGUUCAUCAUGGCAAUGGGAUUCAGCACAUCUUCGAGACACGACGCGAUGUUUUGUACAUUUCUCUGCAUCGCUUCGAUCACGGCAACUUCUUUCCCAAGAGCCCAGAUGGUGAUUACAGUGAGGUGGGCAGUGGAGCCGGCGAGGGAUUCAAUGUGAACAUCCCGUGGAACAGGAAGGGCAUGGGCGAUGUCGAGUACACGGCGGCAUUUCACAGUAUCGUGAUGCCGAUAGCGUAUGAAUUCAAUCCGGAACUGGUGCUGGUGUCGGCGGGAUUCGAUGCCGCCGUGGGCGAUCCGCUGGGUGGCUGCAAAGUCUCCCCCGAGGCUUAUGGACACUUCACACACUGGCUGUCCGCCCUGGCGAAUGGGCGGCUUAUCAUCUGCCUCGAGGGUGGAUACAACGUCAAUUCCAUCUCCUACGCAAUGACCAUGUGCUCCAAGGCGCUCCUCGGGGAUCCUCUGCCGCCCCUCGAUUGUUGCGGUCGCGACCUGAGCGCGAGCUGUGUGGAGACGCUGCGGAGUGUGAUGUCGGUGCAGAGGAAGUACUGGCGGUGUCUGAAGUUCUGCAAGAAGCUGCCUGACUUCGUGGCCGGCGACGACGCCGCCGCCGCCGGCGGGCUCAGCGAAAUGAUGCAGGGAAUGGCGAUUGCGGACGAGCCCUGUGAUAGUGACAGUACAAAUGAGCGGACCAAGAAGAAGGCCGGCGAUCCGCAGCCCGGUCCGUCCACGUCGCGUGGCCAGACGACGUCCGGCGAGGCAAAUCAGUCACUCAGUGACUAUCUGGCUGAGAAUGCCGCCGCGUUGGCCAAUGAAGAGAUGUUCGCCGUGGUGCCGCUGAAGAAUUGCCCGCAUUUAGCAGAGCUGGAGGAUUCGCGAAUGCCAAAAGAAAUCAACACUCGCGGCCCGUGCGAGGAGUGCGCGAGUCCGGAUGAGAAUUGGAUUUGCCUGCACUGCUUCCGGACGCUGUGCGGUCGCUAUGUGGGCGAGCACAUGCUGUUCCAUCAUCUGGACGCCGGGCAUCCGCUCACGCUGAGCUUCAGCGAUUUGUCCGUGUGGUGCUACAAAUGCGAGUCAUACAUCGAUAAUCCCAUGCUGUACAAGUACAAAAAUAUGGCACAUGUCCACAAAUUUGGCGGGGAGGAGAUGGUCUGGCCGUACGGAAGCGACACACUUCGGCUGGACCAAGUGGCGAAUAACUGAUGUUUUGCCGUGCAUUUUGGAGUGUUUCCACACUUUUUUCUUCUUUCCUCUCCUUUCUUACUAACUUUUAUUACCCUUUUUCACUCUAUAUAUAUAUUUGUAUGACAGCAAAGAGAGAAGAGAAAGAGGAAAAUGAGCGAAUUUAAUUCUCAGAACAACGGUUUUUUGAGGAGCGGCGCGUCUUUGAUGAAAGGAAGAGAGACUUAAAAGGAAAAACAUUUGAAGAUUGACAAUACUCAUGGAAUUACAAAAGAAACACUGUAAGUUGACAGAGAGAAAUUGUUCAAAGAAGCAUUUUUAUAGGAAAGUUUUGUGCAAAAUGGAAUUUUUUAAGAUGUUUAUUGAAUUAUGUGCAUUUUUUCUUCACUUUCUUCCAUUUCAAUUGCGCAAUUGAGGAAAUUUUUUUAUAGAUUUCAUCUUCACUAAAAGUAGUGUUAGUGGAUUUUUCAACGAGAUGAAUCUUUGUAAAUUUAUUAAUAACAUAAUAAUUGAUUCUUAUUAGUAAUAUUAGUUUGUGUGGAAAAUCAUUUUGAUGAAGAGAAUAAUACGAGAAAGUCGAUGCAGAGCAAUAUUGUCCUGAGAAAACUAACUAAAAAGAGUUCCUUUUUGUCUUGCAAUUUCGAUUGAUUUUCAGGUGAAAAAAGAAGAAGAGAAGAGAGACAAGAAAAUAGUGAAAUUCCGUCAGUAAAAUGUGUUUAUUUUGUAGAAUAACCAAAGAGUAACAAAACCACUAAAAAAAUCUACAAAAGUUUUAAUAGAAAACAAUAUAAUGAGAGAUGAAUUAUUUUGUGAAAAGAAAAUUCUAUUAACCAAAGCGAUUUAAUGAAGAAACUCACCUGUUGUUAAGGCAGAAUUUAACGGUUGGGAUGAAGGAUUAAAAGGAAGGCAAAUAAAAAUGUUCAGGGUUUAACAUAAAA